AUGUAUUCCAAACCAACUAACUUCAUAAUUAAAGCAAGUUUCCUUUCCGAUCCACAAUUACGAGGUUGGACAUUCUCCUCUGUAUCAAUCGGAUUACUGUUAGGAACCAUUCCAUUGACGUUCAUGAACCGUUUAGGAACAAAGAAGGUUCUCGCCAUUUAUGUUCUGACGGGAUGUUUUUCAUCAUUUUUGUACCCAUGGAGUCAUGCGUUAGGCUUUCUACCUUCGUUCAUCAUCCGUACAAUCCAAGGCAUGCCAGGAGCAAUCAUAUUAUGGGCAAUUAAUAAUAUAUCUAUGGAAUGGGCUCCAAAGUCUGAAUUGGGUUUCGCUAUUGCAGUUUUAUCAUCCAUAUACCAGAUAUCUCCAAUAUUGGCUAUGGUAGUUGCGGGAGAAAUGUGCACAACCUUUGGAUGGGAAUUCACUUACUAUGGUCUGAGCUUCGCAACUUUCAUCUCGUUAACACUAUUUCUCAUUGUUUAUGACGAUGACUUUAGAAAAAGCAGGUAUCUUGAUCAACAAGAAAAGGAAUACAUCUCUCUCGGUAAAAUAGUGAAGAAGGAAACGGAAAAUGAAAGCAUUCCAUUCUCGCAAGUCUUUAGAGAUCCUCAGGCGUGGCUUGUAUGGUACAUGUACUUUUCGUUCUUCACCGGGAUGUACAUAUUUCUUCAAUAUGGACCUAUUUACAUAAACAUGGUCUUAAAAUACGAUAUAAGGAGCACCGGCUACGCCGCAGCUCUUCCACAUCUUAUAUCAUUAGCUUUGAAAAUUUUUUAUGGCAAUUCAACUGAUGACUUAUGUGGAUUAGGUAUGAGAGUUCGAAUGUUUUUGAUGUUCGCAUUGGUUGAACUCAUAUCCGCCUUCUGUCUGCUGUCACUCAUAUUCACUACAUCUGAUUUUUACAGCUUAUUCAUUUAUGUCCUUUUCAAUACUGCAAAUAGCCUCGCAGUUAUCGUUAUAAUGAAACAAAUACAGCUCAUUUCUAGCCAGCAUUCUCACUUUUUAGCAAACGGAAACACCUUCAUUGUUGCCAUCUGCAUAUUCUGUGCUCCUUUUGUAGUUAACUUCAUUGUUUCCGAAAACACAGCUAGUCAGUGGACAAUGUUGUUCAGCGGUAUCUCAGCUCAAUUGAUUUCAUCUGUUGUUGCUUACGGACUGUUCGGAAAGACAAAACCAUCAACGUGGACAGAGUUAUCAUCACUCUCACAAGAAAUGAAAUGA